ACAACACUUCUAUUCCGUAUCAGUUUCUAAAUAUUGUUAGAAGUACCGUCAAAAUUUUGUGGUGCAGAUCCUUGAUAACUAUAUUUUUAAAAGGUCACAAACAAGAGAAAAUCUACAGAUGCUGGAAAUCUAAUCAACACACAAAAAAUGCUGGGGUAACUCCCGACCAGGCAGCAUCUAUGGGAAAGAGUAAAUAGUCGACGUUUCGGGCCGAGAUCCGCCACCGAUGCUGCCCGGCAAAUUGCGUUACUCCAGUAUUCCGUGGUCUGAAAUCGAGGUUAAUGGGGCGGAAGUGUGCACAGGGUGACGACAUCGGCGGGGCGGAAGGGGCAAGGAGCCGUUUUGAAAAGGCGCCUUAAUCAGACGGAGUUUAGGUACCGAACGGGUGUUGGACUGUAGGAGCUAUGGGAGUAUCGGAUGAUGCGAACAAGACGCUGUUCAUUGGAAACUUGGAUGCGAAAGUAACGGAGGAGCUUCUGUUCGAACUGUUCCUCCAGGCUGGUCCGCUUCAGGCAGUAAAAAUCCCCAAAGAUAAGGAUGGGAAGUCAAAGCAGUUCGCAUUCGUGCAUUUUAAACACGAGGAGUCGGUCCAUUAUGGAAAGGAUUUGCUGAAUGGAAUCCCGCUAUUUGGCAGGGCUAUCAAAAUUCAGUUCAGAUCAGGUAGUUCUCAUGAAUCUCGGGAAGGCCUGUCUCAGAAUUCAACUGCUUCUCUGAGUCCCUACCAGACUAACCAGUUCAAUAACAAUAGGUUGGAUCGGUCAGCAGAUAAUAGAGGACCUCAGAUGUUUGCAACUCCGCAAUUGGUUCAGAGGUCAUUUUCUACACCUGAUAAUCUUCAAAGACAGGUCAUGGUAAACAAUAUGUGGCGGGAGCAUGCAAGGGGAGGGCAGCAGAAUUACAAUCCUUCAUUGCAACACCCAAGCACCAACAACCGUUCCACACUGCAACCACCAAGUCGAGGAACGCCUUCUCACCUGCAAAUGUCAUCUCAGAAUUUUGGCAACUCUGCGCAGCCACGGUCAUCCAGUGCAAGUUUGCAUACUAUGAGGCAUUCAGAAAAGCCAUCUGGCACCCAAAGGCAACAAUCAUAUAGUUCCUAUCAGUCAGACAACGGUCAUUACAGCCGAGAUCCUUGCUUCCAGAAUCAUAAUCCAGACUGGCACUACAGGGGAAACCGUGAAUCUGACUACCAACAAGACCAAGCCUCUCAUCACAGCAGAAAUUGGGAGCAUGAGUACAAGGCUAAGAGAGAGUACCCCAGAGGUGUAAGACGUCGAAGCAAUUGGUAAUAAACUGGCAUUGUGGUAGUUAACUUGAUUCAUUCCCCCCCCCGUUAGAAUUUGACAAAAUUGUUUUAAGAAAAUAAAAUGAAAAUUUUUCUCCAUAUGCAAAUUGUGAUGCCUGUACAAAAGUUAAAAUGAGUUUGUCUAUAUUAGUCAUUACCCUGUAAUGUUCAUAUGAUUAAGUUCCUUUAUUUAUAUUAAUAUUCAUUUUCUAUUAGUACCCGUCUUUGCCUCAGUAGUACUUGUAAGUUUCCCGUGUUCAGCACGGUUUUUUUUCCGAUGAGUAGGAAGGAGUUGUGUAAGAUUUGCCUGAUUUCCACUCUCAUUAGGCAGUGCUUGAUAUGCCGCUAUUGGGAUUUCCAAAUUUCCAGUUUUUCAAAGAAAGUACGUACAACAUCAAAUAACUUGUGUAUAAUUUGGAUCUUGCUCAUAUUGCAUGUGAAUAGAAACUUGAUGGUGAUGCAAAUGCAGUAGUUUUCAGUACAAAUGUAAAGAAUAGCACUGUAUUUUUAUAUUGAUUGUAUAAAUCAACAUUGUGCUCUUCCAUUUUACCUUAUAAUAUUUCUGAGUAGCAGUGCCCAAUUGAGAAUCUUGAAUGAAUCGGGUGCUCAUCUUGUCUCCUGUCACUCAGGAUGUCACUCUUCUUCCAAUGUGUGGGUAUUGUUUUAAAAUGGGGGUUCCCAGCUUUUUUUUUGAAACCAGUAUGAGGUUUUUAAGCUGUGGGUCACUACUAUUAACCAUGGAGUCUGUGGACCCCAGCUUGGGAACUGCUGUUUUAAGCGAAACUUUUAUUGCUUGUAGUGCACAUUAGAGCUUUCAGCCAUUUGAAUUGAUUUCCAACGUAUUAUUAAUUUACUAAUUUCAAAGGGUUUGCGCACAGUAGCAUGACCAGUACUUGAUGGAUUAGAACCUAACAUGCUGCUGUCAUUCUGCAAAAAGAACUUAUUUCAAAAUGUAAAUUAAGAAAAACACAUCUGUGUAUUUGGCUGAGAAGGACCUUAUUUUAAAGGAUCAACCCUUGAGUGUGAACAACCUAAUUAUUUAACGAUCAACAAGUGAAGACUUGUAAACAAGUUUAAACAAUUUAAAUUUAAACAAGUUUGCCUUUGUCAGUUGUUUUACGUUGGCAGGUAGCUUGUUCCUAAAUAGAAUCUAGAAUUUGGGAGACAAGUAACAGCUAAAUUUAUCUUGUCCUGUUUCAAAACUUGAUAGUUAACAUCACAUAGUUACUGUGUGACAUUGCUUCCUGUACUUAAAGAAGGCAAUGGAAUAACACCUGUUCUUGUAUUGUUGUUUCUGUUUUCCUUCCAAGUUGCUUAAUUUUCCGAUAUGUAUUGAGAUAAUUGGGGGCUGUUUAAUCUCCCUUUACUACCUUGAAAAGUAGAUGUUUAGAGUAGGAAUGUGGAGAGUGCAGGUAAAUUAAUAAUUACUAGGCAUAUUUCCUAUUCAGUAUUUUUAAACACUACCGAGUUAAAUGUUUUGAGUCUUUUUCCUCUAAAACUGAGCUCUCCUAACUGAAAUUUGUUUUGUACCAAUUUUUAGGUGCAUAUGAGCAACAGAUUGUAUUUUUGGUGUUAUAGUCUUUUAUAACUUAAACGAAACAAUUCUUUUGAAAAUUUUUUAAAGUCUCCUCUUGGGAAAGGGGAAAAUACAGAACAUGUGAUUUUUCAAAAGGACUAGAAAUGUUUCCAGUGAAGUGUUGGCUGUUUUACCGUUUAAAGCAAUGUUUUUGUAAAAAUAAAAUGCACAAAAAUAUGCAUAUUUAAUUGUUCUAAUUUUUCUUUUCAUUGAUGUGUGAUGGUGACCUAUGGAAGAGACUGGAAUAAGAACCAAGAAUUUUUAAGUACUAAAUAUUUGUACCUGUUUAAAAUGAGUUACCUGUUGUACAAUUUUAUUCUCAUUUUAAAUGUGCAAUAUUUUAGAAUGUUUUGUGUGGUCUGAUUUAGUUCUGGAACUUUGGUAUAUCUUUUUACACUUGAUGACAAUAUGCAGUAAUGUCAAUUGCCAUUGUUAAUAUACCAGAUAAAGCUAUA